AUGAAACCUGGUAGAUCGCUACUCGAUAUCGUAUUGUUUUUGGUGUUACUGUGUAUUCUAGAUUUGACAUUUUCGCUCGAUUGUGUCACAACAAACAACCAGACUCUUCAGAAUUAUCAGAUAUGUGACGGAAUCGUCAACUGUCUGCCAAGGAAAGACUCUGAGCGUCCAGAUGAAAAGUUUGAACUAUGUUACAAUAAAGUCUGCGAUGGUGAGAAUUUCUUUCGGUGCACUUAUGGAGGAUGCCUGAAUGCAACUCGCAAGUGCGACGGAAAGAUUGAUUGUUGGGAUGGAAGCGAUGAGAACAAAUUCGAGUGCUCGGCUGAUGCAGAUCUGCAGAAAGAGUACGAGGACCUCACUGGAAAUUGCGUAGACGAGGAGCUGUUCGACUGCAAGGGGUCGUGUCUAAACUGGAGUCAGGUGUGCGAUGGGAAGGCCGAUUGCAAGAACGCAAGAGAUGAGGAUCCUACAUUAUGUAAGGCAAUUGAGUGUCCUCCACCUGCAUUCAGAUGUCUCUAUGGCGCCUGCGUCAGUCCAAAUGCCCUGUGCAACCACAUUUCCGACUGCGUCGACGGCUCCGAUGAGAUGGAGGAGAUUUGCCUGGCCAGAAACCCCCCAAAGGCUUCCGUGUCUGGAGGCCCGAAACCCUCCUGGGCGAUUCGCCACUGCAAGCUGCGUGACCCCUCAAAUUCCAUGGUGGUGGAGGACUACGUAGGUGGGUCCACCUUCCAGAGGAAUGCCACUGUUCCUGACCACACUGUGGUGCACCUGAGAUGCCUGAAUGGUCAGGACUUGAUCGGAAUAAAGAUUAACAUCUGCGACGGCGACAAGUGGCGGUAUCCGAUGGCCAGAUGUUUGUCCCAGUGUAAAUAUACCGGCAGUCUGGUGCAUUCGGGUCAGUGCACCCUAAAUGGUCGCCUGAUCGACUGUGAUGGUCCGGUGCUGCCGACGGGCACCCAAAUGGAGGUUACCUGCUCCUCCGGCUAUGAGCAGAUGGAUAAGAAUGGCAUCCAGUUCUGCCAUGGGAAUGGUAGCUGGGUGGUUUCCAAAAAGCUACCAACCUGCGAGCCCAUUUGCGGGGUGUGGCAGAUGAAAAACUCCUCAUCCUUGUCGACUCCUCCAUGGUUGAUGACCAUCUUCCAACGCGGUCACAAACCGGAGUUUCGUGCCGUCUGCGAGGCGACCAUCGUGUCGCCCUAUAUCCUUGUGACCACGGCACACUGUUUCCGCAAUGCAACUAUAAGGAAUGUGGCCUCCACGGAACCGGUGCUCUACACAGUGGCCGAAGGUGAGCUGAAUAUCAACUCCUUUCUGCAACACGAACCCCAUCCGUACAAGUUGCACAACAUUUCCUACAUCCACAAUGUGAGUGUAUCGGAUGGAGUGUCGCAGGGUUAUUUGGCCGUGGUGCACUUGGUGCAACCCUUGGAAUUCGACGUCAGGUUGAGACCCGCCUGCCUCACAAAGGAAGUGACCAAGGACUGGGUUAUCUCUGGAAACUAUAUUGGCCUCAGCUGGGGAGGUCCCACCAUCGAUGAUAAGAGGCAGUCGGGACGGUACGAGCUAAAAGAAAUAAUUAGCGACGGCUUUGUGAAAUACCACAUCGGCCCAUUUGUGAAGGCCAUUCAAAAUGAUAUUGCCGAAACACAGGCGAAGGGGAACAUUUAAUUCACUU